AUGGAAGGGAAAGAAAUUGCACAUGACUACGUGAUGCCUAUGGGUGAAAAUAGUGUAGCAUGGGGAAAUAUAAAUGAAUUGAGUAGUUCAUUAUUUUUUAGAUUGCCUGGAUUUGUAGAUGAAGUGUUGGAUAUGAUGGAUAAAGUAAAAGGUGAGAAAAAAGUAAGUUAUGUUGGAGAUAACAAUCAUGGGAUUGAUAAGAGUUUAAAAGACACCAUUAAUGAGGACAUAGGUUUUACUACACAAAGCUCAAGAAAUUUAUUAAGUGAUCUAAAUGAAUCAGUUGUUGUGAAGGAUAGAAGGAAAUUCGAAAAAGAAUCGAAUGUGAAUAGGAGAAGGAAAUGUAAGGUUCCAAACUAUGAGCAGUCACCAUUUGUGGAUAGGCUAAAUCAGCAACGGUUCUUUUGCAAUGACUUGAUGACACAAAACCAUCCAAUGCAUACUGAAUUGUACUCAAAGGAAGCCAACUCAUGA